AUGGGCAACCCGACCCAACCCGAAGGCUGGUCACUGAAGCCUGCGCGAACUUUUGUUCGUAUGAUAUGCGUCCAUUUGAUAUCGUCAACGGUCACGGAAACAUUAUGCCAAGCGCUAUUAGAUGCUGGUCAUUCUCAAAGUCAUCGAAUUAUAGCAUCAGAUAUUUUACCGGAUCAUACAACAAUUGCACGACGUGUUAACUCAUUAGCUGAUGGAAAACGGUUAGAGUUUAUUGAAAUGUUAAAAGUUGAUCUGCAAAAUGCGAAAUUAUUCGGCAUCACAUGUGGCUACUGGAAAAAUAAAUAUUCUUGUGAAAGUUAUUUAACAAUUAACAUGCAUUAUGGCAAAAAAUGGACAGAUACAGAAUUUGAGGAUAUACUGCUCAAUCGAAAUGAAGAGCAUUUUCUUGAUAAUACUGAUCAUACAUUGGCCAAAGAAGUAGCAGAUUUAUUAUCAACAUUUAAAAUUGGUGGCGAACUAUUAUCAGCUGAUGAUACGCCGACUUUACAUCUGGUAUUACCGUUUGUCAAAAAAUUUAAACAAUGCUAUGUAACAAGAAAUAGUGAAAAAUUAGCUACAAAAAAACUGAAAGGGAUUCUUUUACAAAAACUGGAUGAAAAAAUAUGGUUAUCUGAAACACUAUCAUUAUUAGCAAUUCCAGCCAGCUCAGCUAAAGCUGAACGAAUAUUUAGUGAAACAGGAAGAAUAUUAGAGGCUCGAAGACAAUUAUUAAGUCCAGAAUCUGUUGAUUCUCUGGUAUUCUUACGUAAUUUCAAUGAAAACUGA